AUGUCUUUUUUCGAUAGCAUUCGCCAGAAGGCAUCGUUUCGUGACAUCCUGGCAGAGCAUUUCACUUCAUCCUUAACAAGAGAUGAGAAGUUUAGGUUAGAAUACAGACUUCCAGCAGAAGAGCAUAUCAUAGAUGAUACAAACGCAGAUGUGUCCUUUAUUAGUGCAUUUGGUGCUGCAAAGAGCCAGAAGAAACAGGAGGUGGUUGGGGAACAAGCAAUGGCUUACGUCUACUCCGGAAGACUUUUCCUGACACCGCAUUAUUUGGUCUUCCGGGAUGCCUUUGACAGAUCCUCCUGUGUGAUGAUAGUGAAUUUGUCUACGGUUAAACGUGUUGAAAGAGCGCCAUCUUCUGCUUAUGCAUUUUCUCUGAUCGUGACGUUAUACUCUGGAUCACAAAUGCUCAUCCAGUUUAUAGGACUACGCUACAGGUCAGAGCAAUUUUGUGAUCACUUGAAGCACAGAUUGAGAGAAAAUAUACCAAACGCUAAGGAAUUGCCCAAAUUCCUGUCGACCUGCUACUCAGAGUUUCUUCUUAGGAAGAACCUUCUAGGAACGAAAGAAAUAGCGGGCCCAGGUGCUGGGUUAGGCCAGAUCUUCAAAUUUCCUGGAAAUCCCACGUUAGAGAAGGAAAAGGCGAGGUUGAGAUUGUGGUUCAAUUAUUUCAAGGAGAAUGGAGAGAACCUGGCCAUAGUUAAGAAUCAUGAGUUUCAAAAAUUGAUAAGAAUUGGUUUACCUAACAGGAUGAGGGGCGAGAUCUGGGAGCUUUGCUCCGGCUCCAUGUACAUGAGGCAAGCCAACCCUGGAGUGUACCAAUCUGUCUUGAAAGAAAACGCAGGUAGGGUUUCUCAGGCAGUCGAAGAGAUCGAAAAAGAUCUGAAAAGAUCUUUACCGGAAUAUUCGGCUUACCAGACAGAAAAAGGUAUCGAGCGGCUAAGGAAUGUCCUCACUGCCUAUUCGUGGAAGAACCCUGAUGUAGGAUAUUGUCAAGCAAUGAAUAUCGUUGUCGCUGGAUUGCUUAUCUUCAUGACGGAAGAACAGGCAUUUUGGUGUCUUUCAACUUUAUGUGAAACAUUUGUCCCCGGCUACUAUUCGAAGACAAUGUAUGGGACUCUAUUGGACCAGAAAGUUUUCGAAUCUCUCGUUGAAGAGAAAAUGCCCGCACUUUGGAAGCACAUUGUGGAGCACGAUAUCCAACUUUCCGUUGUCUCAUUACCCUGGUUUUUAUCUCUAUUCUUUACUUCGAUGCCACUAGAAUAUGCAUUCAGAAUCAUGGAUAUCUUCUUCAUGAAUGGCUCAAAAACGUUGUUUCAGGUCGCCUUGGCCGUUUUGAAGGUAAAUGGUGAUGAUCUCUUGCAAACCGAGGAUGACGGAAUGUUUAUCGCCAUACUGAAGAACUAUUUCCAAACUCUAAAUCAUAGUGCUCAUCUGGAAUCCAGCGAUAUCAGAUACAGGCAAAUAACGAAGUUUCAGGAGUUGUUAGUGACUGCUUUUAAGGAAUUCAGCGUUAUAGAGGAGUCUUUAGUUGCUCAAGAAAGAAGCAGGCACCAGAAAGGGAUUCUACAGAACAUCGAGACCUUUGUCAAACGUACCCAACUUCGUCACAUGCCAAGGACGUUUAAUCUGUCCGAAGAACAGUUGUCGAACAUCUAUGAUAUAUUCUAUCAAAGCAUAGAGAGUCAUAAGAUCAGUAUGGGGACUGGCUCUUCAAACAUGAACUUCGAAAUUUUUGUUCAAUUUAUGGGUAAAAUAUGUGAUUGGUGCAAAUCAGGUAACGCUGAAGACGAUUCUAGCUUCCGGGAACAGAAGAAAGACUUUCUAAGAAGGCUAUUUAAGAGCUGGGACUCGAGCAAAAUAGGCGAACUAACAUUGAAUGAUGUUGUCUCUGGGCUAGACAAGCUGCUGUCGCGAGAUUUACUCGAGUCGGUGAAUUACUUCUUCUCUCUGUAUGAUGAGGAUGGAGAUGGUCAGUUGCAACGUGAAGAAGUGCUUAAGAUAUCAGAGGGCUUGCUGUUUUUGACCGAGCCGUGGAAAUCUAGCACGCUCGUUGAUCUUUUGACUAAAAAAUCUAUUGAGGAUGACAUCGCAGAAAAGAUAGUGAAGGAGAAUAAAGCCUCUAUGACGAUAGAUCAGCUGAAGCUCCCUUCAGGUGUAACCAUCGAUGAAGAAAAAUACAAGUCCGAGCAAACUGAACGGUACUUGAAGGCGGCUAGCUGUUUCCUGCAAAGAGCUUUCGAGUACGCCCAGCCUUUAGACAUUGCUGAAGAGAUCAAUCUAAUCGAUCUAUCUGAUGAUGAGUCGUCAGAAUCCACAAAGCAGAAGAAGCAAGAGUCAAUACGAGCCAACGCUGCCUUGGAUCCUACCCAUCCGACAGUUAUAGAUCUGGCAACAUUCAGAAUGAUUAUCUUGGCUGAUGAAACCUACGAGCUCUUUUUCGCUGUAACCUUUAGACAUUCCAUACACGUUGAUCAUCGCAUUAAUCUGUCCGACGCAAAGAGUAAUGCAUUGAGAAAUAUGUUUGACAAUAUUAUUGCUGAUGGAAGAAGAGUCGCUGAACAAGUCCGCCGGCGGGUGGAUUCUGCUGCCACCAGGAGUUCCGUCGAAAGCAGCAUGACUUCCACGGCUCCAGGCCUUGUUGAUAAAGAGGACAAGUCGGAAGACCUUGAAGACUUGAACUCUUACCACGCCAGCGAACACGAAGAGUUACUCAACAAUGCAUGGCUCGGUGAAAUGGAAGUUGGCGACCGCAAAGUUGAGCAACCAAUGACUAUGUUGCCUCUUUCAUCCAGCCCGGCAGCUGAACAAAAGGAUCUCAUCGAAUUCGAGACCUAA